AUGCUUCGAUUGAAUCUCCCAUGUCUUCUCAUUUUCCUUCUUGGUCUCUCCUCUUCCUCGGCUCGACCAGCACCAUAUGCGUUGAGGAUCAGCUGUGGAGCUCGGAAAAACGUUAGAACGCCACCAACGUACGCACUUUGGUACAAAGACAUCGCGUACACAGGAGGAGUACCAGCGAACGCAUCAUCACCUGGUUACAUAACUCCUCCAUUGAAGACGCUUCGCUACUUCCCAAUCUCUGAAGGUCCAAACAACUGUUACAACAUAGUCCGAGUGCCAAAGGGACAUUACACAGUGAGGAUCUUCUUUGGAGUGGUGAACCUACCUAACUUCGACAAAGAGCCUCUCUUUGACAUAUCCAUCGAAGGAACUCAAAUCUCUUCUCUUAAAUCCGGUUGGAGUAGUAACGAUGACCAAGUCUUUGCAGAAGCACUCAUCUUUCUUUUGGGUGGGACUUCUACAAUCUGCUUCCACAGCACUGGCCAUGGAGAUCCGGCGAUUCUUUCUAUAGAGAUUCUUCAGGUUGAUGAUAAAGCUUACAACUUUGGUGAAGGUUGGGGCCAAGGAAUGAUUCUAAGAACAGCCAGGAGGUUGACUUGUGGCACAGGGAAGCCUAGGUUUGAUGAAGACUAUAGUGGUGACCGUUGGGGUGGUGAUAGGUUUUGGAUGCCAAUGAGAUCUUUUGGUAAGAGUGCUGAUUCUCCAAGAUCAACUGAGAACACCAUCAAGCAAGCCUCUGUGUCUCCAAAUUUUUAUCCUGAGGCAUUGUAUCAGUCAGGUUUGGUUAGUACUGAUGACCAGCCGGAUUUGACUUUUAGUAUGGAUGUGGAACCGAACAGAAACUAUUCGGUUUGGUUGCAUUUUGCUGAGAUUGAUGCUUCAGUCACUGCUGAAGGGAAGAGAGUGUUUGAUGUUGUGAUCAAUGGUGAUACUUUCUUUGAAGAUGUUGAUAUUAUAAAGAUGAGUGGUGGCAGAUACACAGCGCUUGUUCUCAAUGCAACGGUUACUGUGAGUGGGAGAACCUUGACAGUUGUUCUACAGCCUAAGUCUGGUGGUCAUGCUCUUGUUAACGCCAUUGAGGUGUUUGAAAUCAUAACCGCUGAGUUCAAAACUUUACGUGAUGAAGUUAGUGCGUUACAGAAAAUGAGAAAAGCUUUGGGACUUCCUUCAAGGUUUGGAUGGAAUGGUGAUCCGUGUGUUCCUCCACAACAUCCAUGGAGCGGAGCUGAUUGUCAGCUUGACAAGAACACCAGCAGAUGGUUCAUUGAUGGACUUGAUCUGGAUAACCAAGGUCUCAAAGGUUUCUUACCAAACGACAUAUCCAAGCUAAAACAUCUUCAGAGCAUAAACUUGAGUCAAAACAACAUUCGUGGAGGAAUACCUGCAUCACUUGGAAGCAUUACAAGCUUGGAAGUUUUGGACCUCUCAUACAAUUCUUUCAAUGGAUCUAUCCCUGAAACCUUAGGAGAGUUAACAUCCCUGCGGAUUCUGAAUCUCAAUGGAAACUCGUUGUCAGGGAAAGUACCAGCAGCUGUUGGUGGAAGGCUGUUGCACAGAGCAAGCUUCAACUUCACAGAUAAUGCAGGUCUUUGUGGAAUCCCGGGGCUUCAUGCUUGCGGGCCACACCUUUCUUCUGGAGCCAAGAUUGGGAUUGCAUUCGGUGUUAGUCUCGCAUUCUUACUGAUCGUUGCAUGUGCAAUGAUUUGGUGGAAAAGAAGACAGAACAUUCUUAGGGCACAGCAGAUUGCAUCAAGAGGAGCUCCUUAUGCGAAGAAGAGGACGCAUUUGUCUCAUGACAUUCAAAUGACACGGAACGGGAACAAUAACCACGGCCAAGCUCGUACUGCUGUCGAAAAUGGACCGAGCUUGUUGUCCUGA